AUGUCCGAGUCUCCUCCGCCCCCGCCGUCAUGGAGCAUCGCUGCCAUGGCUAACAAUGCCGUGAAUUUCCUUCGAUUACCAGUACUGGCAUCUUCUGGUCUCGCUGUUGUUGCCAGUGGUCUCUUAUACUUUAAGCAAAAUGAGCUGAUCUACCCUCGAAACGUCCCCACCGAUGCCCGCACCAAUGUCCCCAGUCCGCGACAAUUCGGCAUCAGCGACUAUGAGGAUCUCCAAAUUCCCACACCGGACGGAGAGUCGUUACAUGCCUUCUUCAUCCGUCCCGCAAACAAGCAACAUGCUCGGAACAUAACUGUCUUGAUGUUUCACGGAAAUGCGGGCAAUAUUGGCCACCGUGUCCCUAUCGCAAAGGUGCUCCAAGAGAUUCUAGGCUGCAAUGUGCUGAUGUUGGAGUAUCGCGGCUAUGGGCUUUCGACGGGUGUACCAGAUGAGGCAGGGCUUAAGAUCGAUGCGCAAACCGGCUUCGACUACUUACGAGAACGGGCAGAGACGAGGAACACGAAGAUUGUCGUGUACGGGCAAAGCCUAGGCGGUGCAGUAGCCAUCAAUUUGGUUGCUGAGAACCAAGAUAGCGGUGAUGUUGGCGGUUUAAUACUGGAGAAUACAUUCUUGAGUAUCCGCAAGUUAAUCCCGACCGUCUUUCCUCCCGCCCGGUAUCUCGCUCGACUAUGUCACCAGCAUUGGGCGAGCGAGGAGGUUUUGCCGAAGAUUCGUGACGUACCUAUUCUUUUCAUGAGUGGGUUGAAGGAUGAGUUGGUUCCCCCCUCAAACAUGACACAGCUCUUCGCAGUUUGCAAAUCAAGCCACAAGGUCUGGCGCGCCCUUCCAAACGGCGGCCACAAUGAUACUGUCGCCGAAUCAGGCUACUUUGAGCAUAUUCAUGACUUUGUCAUGGAGGAAGUGAUACGAAAGCAAUAG